AAAUGAAGAAAAAACGGCCGUUUCUUGGAAGAAGAAAUUUGUAGUUUUAUUCGUCGUUAUGAUUUUUAUCAUCACUGUAUUGGUCUGCGUGUUCACUUUGACACUGAGAAAGGUAAAAGACAAAGCUGCACCGACUCAAGCACCAACAACAAACUCUACUUGCAAUGGAAUAAAGCAACAACGAAAAUGUUAUUUUGCCAAUGAGUGUAAGAAAUGCAACUUUAAAAAAGCAUCGUCUCUUUGCAAGAAGAAAAAUUCCACGCCAGCAAAUAUAUACGGUCUGCGGCAAUACAACCAAACGAUGGAAUAUUUAAAAAAGAUCACAAAAAUUGGAUCCAAGACGGUGAUAGUUAGACUUGGAAUGAAAUACAAUACGGCGGACGAAACAGUCACGUGGUUUAACGGUUCAAAGGCCACCUUCGUAAAAUGGAAGAGACGUUUUCCGGUGAGAACAAAGACAUUUAGCCACAUAGCUCUCUGUGUGAGUGAAUAUCCGUUUGCCCAAGGAAUGGUGAAUAAAAACCCGAAUGAUGAGCUAAACUGGAUUUUAUGCAAAAGAUAGAACAAUGGAGCAAUGGAUGAAGCUCAUUUGUGGCCGCUGGAUUAUAUCUUUUUUGAUGAACUGUAACCAGCGUCAGAUCGUUGCUCUCAGAGGCCUUACUCCUGAUAUGGGCAAACUACGGGUAAUUUGGUCC